GUUCUGGGGGCUAAAAGACCCCGGAACUCUUGGUGGAAAUGCAUCUCAGGACCCUGGGGGAGGCCUGGGCCCAGCUGAAGAAGAGUCUGGCAGACGAAGCAGAGGUUCACUUGAAGUUCUCCUCAAAGCUGCAGAGUGAAGUGGAGAAACCUUUCCUCACCUUCAGGGAGAACUUUAAGAAAGACAUGAAGAGAUUCGAUCAUCACAUCGCCGACCUGAGGAAACAGCUGGUCGGACGCUACACAGCCGUGGAGAAGGCUCGUAAGGCUCUGGCCGACAGGCAGAAGGAACUGGAGCUGAAGACGCAGCAGCUGGAGAUCAAACUCAGCAACAAGAUCGAAGAAGACAUCAAGAAGGCCCGCAGGAAAUCCACUCAAGCAGGAGACGAUCUGAUGCGCUGUGUGGACCUUUAUAACCAGUCCCAGUCUAAAUGGUUUGAGGAGAUGGUCACCACCAGUCUGGAGCUGGAGCGGCUGGAGGUGGAGAGGGUGGAGAUGAUCAGACAGCAUCUGUGUCAGUACACCACCCUGAGACACGAGACGGACAUGUUCAACCAAAGUACGAUGGAGCCGGUGGACCAGCUCCUGCAGUGUGUGGACCCGGCUAAAGACAGAGAGCUGUGGGUGACGGAGAACAAGACCGGAGAGAUCAGACCGGUGGACGUGGAGAUCUGACCUCAGACACACUGACACACAAGACAUGAAACCUGAGCUGGGAUCUUAGCCCCGCCCCCCACUGACUCACCUGUGACUCCAAACAGACUGAGGGAGGAGGAGUCAGAGCUCGCUGCAGCCUGAUGAAGACGAUGGCGGUUUAUGGGGAUAUUAAAUGAGAGAGCGAUGGAUUUAAAGAUGUCAGUUUUCUGUGAUGCACCCUGAUCCAGCUCAGGUGACCCGGAGCUUGGAGUGUGAACUGUGAGGUGAAUGUGCAGGAAACAUUUAGCACCUGUAGAUGUUGAACAGCUUUAUGUGAUGCAGCAGUGUGUUUGUGCUUUCGCUCUGUGAGGUCACUCAUAGGUGACUUAGGAACAACAAGUUUAACAGACGCUGCUGAGCAAAAUGCAUUCUGACCUGAGAGUGUUUCGUUACUGUGUACCAGAACUAAACUAAGGUGUUCUAAUACUAACAUGUUCAGGUAUGGAC